AUGGGACUAUUUAGUGUUAUUAUUUGGUUAUUUCACGAGAUUCAAACGAUAUAUCAUAUUAUAUUAUCGCCUAUACGCGGCAUUACACAUAAAGAAAGAUUAGAAAGUUUUUAUGCUGGUCAAGCUAAAAAUUAUGAUUCAUAUAGAAAAAAAUUACUUGCUUGUAGAGAAAUAUUAUUAGAUAAAUUACCACGUGAUGGAAUUUGGGUUGACAUGGGCGGUGGUACAGGUUUUAACAUUGAAUAUAUGGCUAAACCUGAUAGAUUAAAAUAUUACAAAAAAGUUUAUCUAGUAGACUUGAGUCCAUCUUUGUUACAAAUUGCAGUAAAGCGAACCGAAGAAAACGGAUGGACAAACGUUGAAAUAAUAGAAGCAGAUGCAACUAGUUGGUAG